GUGGAGUGAUGGAGUCGCAUUAUUUACUUCUUUUCAUAGUGCAGAAUUCUAAUAGCUUUUUCUUAUUAUAGGUUUACAAAUUGCUUCAUUAGUGACGUAACGAUAUGGAGAGUUGUGUAUAAUCACAUGGAGACGGGUUGCCCUGCCUUGAUAAUGCCUUAUUGCUACGCACCCGGGUGCAAUCAUAUUUCUCGAAGAGAAACGUGCAGUUUCUUUAGAUUUCCUGCCGACACAAAACUAUUCGAGAAGUGGAAAGCUCUUUGCCCGCUUAAAGAAAAGGAGCCUACCAAUGAAGACGGAUUGUGCAGUUGCCAUUUUAUGAAUGGUGAUCAAGCUAACUUGCCAACUGUAUUUGCAUAUAGUAACGCAACCAUUGAAUUCUCUGCAUCAUCAGAAACUAUUGUUGACAAGGCAACAUCAAAUGAUUUAAUGGAUCAGCAAAUUACAAAAACAGAUGAGUGGGAGUGCAGGGCUUGUCUUGAGAAAGUUGGUCCUACCACAGGCCUAGUCAAUCUUUUUGAUGCUUGGUCAUCACCAUGGGAAGGAAUGGAAAGUACUGUAGCUGAAGACCUUGCUAAAGUUGGACAUAUCAAGCUAUCAUCAACAGACCAACAUUCAAAGUUUAUCUGUAGCACUUGUUACACAAAACUUCAGAAUGCGUGUAAUUUCGCAGCAGUUGUACAAAAAAGUGAUAGAACUCUUAGACAGAGGUUCCCUCAUACAGAUUUAGACCCGGGUGAUGCCACUGUGUGGCCCAAACCUAUUCAACUUGACCAAAAUGUAAAUGAAACUGUUUUUGAAACUCCCAUGGAUAUAGAAAUUAAACAAGAAGUUGUGUCGGAUAAUGACUAUGGUGAGAAUGGAAAUGGUUGUUCUGAUACACAAUACAAGGAGUUAGCAGAUGCAGACAUUAAAAUAGAGCCUGAGGAAUGGAUAAAACCACAACCAAUUAAGAUCAAUGGUACAUUUUCCUACCAUGAAGGAACUGAGCAUUCUGCACAGCCAAAUGGAAAUGUAAUGCUGGAAGAGUUUUUAGAUGCACCAUUGAAAGAGGAACCCACUAGUGAGGCAGACUCUGACCCUGUACCUACUGACCUUCCUCUGGAGUGUAUGCUGUGCGCCAAGUCAUUCCACAGUGUAUCUGGGCUGAAGGCUCAUGUGAUAGCUCAACAUUCCUACAAAUCAGUAAAAAGAAAGAUGGGGAGAAAACACUCGCCACCAAAGAAGAAGGAUAAAUACGUGUGCUCAACAUGCAGACGAAAUUUUGUAACAUCUACAGAUUUGAUGGUUCAUGAGACAUGCCACAACAAAGCCAUAUGCUACGGCUGCAACCAGAAGUUGGACUCAUUCGAACAGUUAUCCAGGCAUAGAGUGCGCUGUAAAGUUAUCACUACAAAAGACCUACCAAAGCCCAAGACCCUGGAAGAUGUCAAACGGAUAAUAGCUGAGGAGCACAAGUCCACUGAUGAUGAGGAUUUGCCGAAGGAACAACUCGAGUGUCACCUCUGCACAGAGAGGUUCAGCGAUUCAUACUACAUGAGAAUCCACCAAGAGAUCCACCACAGCAGCGAGCAGCCCGAGCCGGCCGCGGCGCCGCCGCCCGACGACGGCGCGCACCACAUGGACCCCGCCACACUUGAGAGCAUCUUUAGUGAAGAUAAAUAAACUCAACAUAUGUACCCCAGUUCUCAUAACAUAAAUUAACUACUUAUAAUUAACUAUACGUAGUUAAUUUACAAGGGGGCAAAGUUGUUGUUUAACUCCUUGUGCUAAUAUUGAUAAUUAAAAGUCAAUUUCACCAGCCAACUAGGUAAUCAACUCAAAAUUCGUAUUUAGUUGCUUUGCCACUCUUGUGGAUAAAAUGUAACUUUCUCAUAAGUUUUGAUUAAUAAAGAUAACCUUUACGAGCUGGAGUCGUGAAAAAUAUUUUUCUCAUUGUAAAUUGUCGGUUAGGCGGUUUAAAUUUUGCGUAAAGGACUGGUUUAAUGUUAGCUAAAAUUGUUGAUUGUUGAGGCGUGGUUUAGAAAGACUGCGCUGCGUAUAGUCGGCGCUAAGUAAGGAUGAAUUAAUCAACUCAAAAUUCGUAUUUAGUUGCUUUGCCACUCUUGUGGAUAAAAUGCAACUUUCUCAUAAGUUUUGAUUAAUAAAGAUAACCUUUACGAGCUGGAGUCGUGAAAAAUAUUGUUCUCAUUGUAAAUUGUCGGUUAGGCGGUUUAAAUUUUGCGUAAAGGACUGGUUUAAUGUUAGCUAAAAUUGUUGAUUGUUGAGGCGUGGUUUAGAAAGACUGCGCUGCGUAUAGUCGGCGCUAAGUAAGGAUGAAUAUACGACAGCUAUGAAUAGACCCUUAUAUAGGUACAUGGAGUAAAGCCCUAUCGUUUAACUGAUAGCCCUAGCUUCACAUACGUAUACGAGAGCUGCCCUGAAAAUGUCGGGAAUUGAAAAGAAUAUGCAUUCAAAUUAAAUAAAAGUAAUUUUUAUUGUUUUUCAAAGUAUUCUUUAUAUUUAAUGCACUUUUUCAUUCUUUAAAACCAGUUUUUAAAGCAGAUAUUGAACUCUGAAGUGGGGGCGACAAAUUGGAAAUUUUGUAAGCGUCGACUUCUUCUUCCGGCGUCUGAAAACGCUGACCACGCAACUUAUUCUUGAUUUUCGGGAAUUUAAAAAAAUCGUUAGGACUUAAGUCGGGACUGUAUGGAGGAUGGUCCAAUAAUUCUACUUGCCAUAGGUACUCGAGAUUGGUUUUUCGAUUCAGGCUCAUAUUAUGCGUAUAUCCCUGACAGUCCUGACACAAUACUAAAUACUAGUGACGGCCGAUUUUGGUCGACCUUCACUGACGCAAGUCAUCCGUGAGAAAACACGGCCACGAUGAAAUUCCGAAUACCACCUGUAUAUUGUCGUCUUUGAAGGUGCUUCACUGCUAAAAUCAGCAGUCAAUCGGUCUCCACAUUGUUGUUGUGUUAAUCCACUUUUAAAGUCGUAAUAAAUGAUAGCUUAAAUUUUCACGGGACAGCUAGUUCCAUUUUCAGCAGCGACUCAUCGAUUCUAAGAAACAAUUAAAAAACGAACAUUGUUUUUUUUUCUAAGUGUUUUCGGAUAACGAAACUAUGGUGAUAUUGAAAAAGUAUAAUACCUACAUAUCAAAAAUAAGUUCUCAAGUAUCAAAUUCCCUAGAUUUUCAGGGCGGCCCUGGUAAAACUUUCAAUUCAUAACUGUCAAAAUAUCAAUUCUUACGUUGCAAUGCAAAGACUAUAGUGAGACAUACUCGUACAGUACUUGGUACUGGUGCCUAAUUAAAAUAUAGACGCCGAGCGGAGGCGUGUGAGGUUUAAUUAUUGCGAACAAAAUGCGAUGUGUUGGGAAUACACAUUGAAAGAAUAGGGCCUCGCAGAUGUGACUUCGCCCACGGCUAUAUUAGUUCACACUACGCCACUGCUUGGCACUGCAAGUGUUAAUUACGCUAAAUACGAAGAAAAGUGAUUGUAUAUGUAUACUGUAUAGUGUGCUACUAUUAUAUAAAUAGCACUGUCAGGAUUUUUAUUUUCAUUCUUUUAACUACUCAUUUUAUUGUCAUUUUAUAGAAUAAUAUAUAAAUCGAACUUUCAUAAAGCUAUUUUGAACAUGAAGAAAAACAUGUUUAGAUUUCAACUGGAAUUCUACUGUGAUUAUUAUCCUAUCAAAAACAUAAAUGUGAAAUAAGAGCCAAUUUCAACACUAAGAAUAUGCGUCGUUGUUGACUUCGCCGGCAAUAUAUAUAUAUUAUCAAUUCUUUGAUGGGAUAUCAUUAUUACUUUUUUUUUUAUUAUGCAUCAUAGUUGAUUUCGAAACUAAAAUUCAUUUUUGCUAUUACAAAUUCGAUAGGCGCUUAGUUGUAAAUAAAAACUGUUUUUUGAAAAUGUUACAAAUUUCAAAAAAAACCUAGCCAAGUGCGAGUCGGACUCGCGCACCGAGGGAUCCGUACUUUUUAGUAGGUAUUUGUUGUUAUAGCGGCAACAGAAAUACAUCAUCUGUGAAAAUUUCAACUGUCUAGCUAUCACGGUUUAUGAGAUACAGCCUGGUGACAGACAGAUAGACGGACAGCGGAGUCUUAGUAAUAGGGUCCCGUUUUUACCCUUAGGGUACGGAACCCUAAAAACUGUGUUUUUGAUGUUAGGUUCGUAACCACACAAUUACUCAGCUGGAUGCCAUAUUUUAACUUACUACGUCACCUGGAAGUGGGUUAGUUUUUUGAUGUUAGCCUAGUCAAUCAAUAAGUCAGUGAGAAUAAUCCCGAUUUUUAGAUGUCUGUGUGUAUCUUAAUAACCGGUUGAGCUAUAUUUAUGAAAUUUGGGGUUCUAUCUAGUUAGCCUUAAGGGUCUUAAUAAAUGAACCAAAUGUAAUUUGUUUAUGUCUUACAGAUUUUGAGUUACGCAGGGGUCAGAAGUGGCUCCAAACGUUCGUGUAAUAUAAUAUAACACGGCCGCUGCGUCGCCAGUUAUCUUCUUUUGAACUUGGCUUGACACGCUACCGCGUGUGUAGAUAAAUUCUCAUUGUGUGUAUUUUGAAGUUAUAGGUACAUUAUAGUCGUAUGUAUCUGGUACAAUCGUAUGUGUGUGGUUACAUAUAAAUAAUAUAUUGCUGCCCAAUCACUUACAGUUUUAUCUAAGUAUCUACUCUAAAAACUGCCAGUGUAUCUCAUUGAACAUUUAUAUUUUUUCAUAUCUCUCCAUCCAUCUCCUAUUCGGAAAGUUCACCUUUAAUUGGCUGACAGCCGGGUGGAAAAUUACAUUUCCCACCCUAGUGUGGAAAGUUUAUUUUAUUUUAUAUGUAGGUACUUCAAGCAAUGGCUAACAACCAUAUUAUUUAGUUAAAAGCUCUCAUAUUAGCUUCCGCAUUUUCAGGCCAAGUCUUAUCAAAUAGUAGGGCAGUUUCAGGUGAUAAUGUGGACACGCUGGACAAAAGCACCAAUUUUUUUCAGGUACUCGUUAGGUCCAUGUUUUUGAUAGGAACCAACUCCUCCGUCGGCCAUCUUUAAUUUUAUGGCGGCCAUUUUGAAUUAUACGUAUAUCCAGGGCCUAUGUUCUGACCGCUCUAGGUUGACUAUGUAUAUCCGCCCCCCGCUUAUCUCAACUCAGAGCCGCCGCCGCGCCCCCUUGGUCCUUGCGCCCUAGGCUUCAGCCUGAUUAGCCUGUGGGUAAUUCAGGCCUUGCGUAUGUCAUUAAUAUCUCGAGUUCUAAAUAACGUAGAAUCACAAACUUAGUGUCUAAAUAUACAUAUUUGGGGUCAAGGAAUUCAACUAGAUAUUUUUUAGAGUCGAGUUCCCAAAGGAUAUCAAACAGAACCCUGUUCCUAAGCUUCCGCUGUCCAUCCGGCUGUCUGCGUAUCAGCAAUAGCUAGACUGUUCAAAUUUUCACUGAAGUUAUUUUUCUAUUGCUGCUUUAACGUACAUUCAUAAAAAAAUAUGGCGUUUUUUUCCCGCCCAUAACAAUCGGUAUAUCUCUAGAACCGUAAUAUGUAGACACUUGAAAUUUCCUCAGAUUAUGUAUUACUAUAGCCUCUAUAAUAACAAAAGUAAUAAAAAUAUAAUAACAUUAACAAUUGUUUUUUUAAUUGUUUGCCCACGUAAGGCAGCUGUAAAUAAUAUUGCUUGUACUUUUUUGUGGAAAUUGGCAAUCGUUGUUCAUAAAGUUUAUGCAGAGAAUCAAUCGAUGGAUUAUUCGUUACGACCCGUGCUAGACUGAACUUUUCCAUUUCCUUUCCCUAUUUUUGUUGUCCCUUGACCCAAUGAUGUCUUUCAAGUCUACCGUCGUCCUUCAUUGUGUAUUUUACUUGCAAUUCAUUUAAGUCUGUUUAAGUAGUUUUAAGUUUGUUUUAACUGUUUCGUACAUAAAAAAACUGUUUUAUUCAUUGCUUACCACCAUGCCAAAAAGUAUCUAAAACCGAAGAAUUCAUUCUAUAUUAGACCUUAUUACUAGAUAAUAAGUUUAAAAAUGCUUUAAUUAUUUUUUUUAUAACGCAAGUCCACAUUUUGAAAACUGUGUCACUUACAUUAAUUUUUCGUAACAUACCUUAAACGUUUUGUGACAUACCUUAAACUGUUCUUAAUUUUUUUAACUAAAUCUUAAUGUAACUCCUAAAUUUUGAAAAAAAAUUAACGUAAGCGCCAUGCUAUUUUCUAAACUAUAACAGUUGCCUUAUUAAUACCUUAUUUAACUUAAAGAGCUCACAAAUUAUAAAUAAUUGAUAUAAACACGAUUUCAAUAAGAUUUGUAAAUAAAAAGUUACAGCACUUUUUCUGAUUUACAAUAGUUAUUUGUUAUACAAGGGUGCAAAAUUGUAUUUUACCCGCGAGUGUUUUAACACACGAGAAGUAAAAUACAUUUGCACCCAUGUGUACCACAAAACUUUUCCCCUCACUAUAGCGAGGAAAGUGCAACAUCCACAGGCGUUAGAUCAUCUUCAUCAACUGGAAUCACUCAUUUUUUUACGAUAUUAUAACAAAAAACUGGAAAUUCUUUACUUUUACGUGAGAAGUUUUUAAGUAAAAAUUUUGUUGACAAUGUUGACAUUUCUGACGUAUGAAAUGUUAAUGAUGCGUUUUGAAAUGCGUUCAGAAUUGUAUAAAAUAACAUAAUUAUUAAAAAACAAACGUUUAUUAUGGAAUUUUAAGGUUUAUGACUUAAAAUAAUUAAAUAAAGCUAAAUCUGGUAUUUUUUAUUAAAUUCUCAAACCAUUUAUUUAAUGAUAAUUAAUAUCGAACGAACCAUUAUUAUGAGCGUUUUACGUUUUGUUAUCUGUCAAGCUACUUAAACACGCUCCAUCCAAGGUCAAAUUACUUUCCCCACUAGUGGAUAUAAUGCGUUUUUCUCAGCUUGUUUUAAAGGAUAAAAGACGGCUUUCCGAGCUAGUGAGGGGAAAUUUAGUUUUUGGCUUCUCCUGACAAAUCAUCAUUUGGCGGUUACGUUAAUUCACAUUACAAGUGACGGUAUGCUUGUGCUGAGCCAAAGUGCAAUAAAAUUGGAGUUAUUGUGGCCAAAGACUAAAUAACUGCAGAAAGUUGAUUUGGUUCUGACGCGUUUAAGCGCGUUUAACACGGUGUUUCGCAGCCUAUUAUUACGAAAAUAAUGACAAUAUUUCCACUUAUGUUUGAGAAAGCUUCAUUUGAAAUAUAAAAAUAAAAGUAUUUGAACAUGCGCGGACAUAUUGCCAUUUUUACGUUUUUAAUAAAGUUCGAUUCCUAACAAAAUAAUAAUUAAUUGAUUAACAUAGGCUAUCAAUUUACGUUGUAUAUAGAUAUUUAUUGGUGGUGGUUGAUGAUGAAAACGAACAGUGACAAGUAAGACAUUUUAGACAAUAUUAUACAAUUAAAAAAUGAAAUGAAUAAAAAUGAGUAAAAAUCGUGAAAGUUUAUAUCAAUAUUAUACAAGAUGAAGAUCCAACUAAUGCUGUUGAAACGACAGACCAAAGGGAGGAAGUUGAUGAAUGCAACGAAAGAAACGCAAUAAAUACGAAGGAAGGAAGAUAAAAAAGGGGAAGCUGAAGGUGCAGCAAAAGCCACAGAUGCUCCAAAAAAGGGGAAAGGAGCAAAGCAAGGAAAGGGAGUAAAGAAAAGUAGAAAAUAUGAAGGUAAAAUUAAGUGUUUUUGCUGAUCUCAAAAUUUUCAUUCAUUUGUAACGAUUCAUUGUUUUUUUUCUUCUGAAAAUUACAGAACCUUAUAGAGGUUUAAUAGUUUUAGUUCUUUUUAAUACAGAUUUUUAAGUUUUUUUAACAAUUAAACUGUUUCGUAC